GAGAAAUCUUCAGCUAAAACACUUGACCAAGUAUCACCCCCAGAAUUGAGCAGUAAGGGUCAAGAGAAAUCUUCAGCUAAAACACUUGACCAAGUAUCACCCCCAGAAUUGAGCAGUAAGGGUCAAGAGAAAUCUUCAGCUAAAACACUUGACCAAGUAUCACCCCCAGAAUUGAGCAGUAAGGGUCAAGAGAAAUCUUCAGCUAAAACACUUGACCAAGUAUCACCCCCAGAAUUGAGCAGUGAGGGUCAAGAGAAAUCUUUAGCUAAAACACCUGACCAAGUAUCAUCCCCAGAAUCAUUCAGUAAAGGUAAUGGGAAAUCUUCAGCUAAAACACCUGACCAAGUAUCACCCAAAGAGUCAACUGAAGCAUCAAACCAAGUAUCACCAACCCUCGAGUCAAGCAGUAAAGAGAAACUGAAGGAUGAGUUAUCGGUAACAUCUUCCCAGGAGAAGCCACCUGAGCUGGCAGCAGAGAGUAAUCCUGCAUCCAAGAAACCAGUGACAGAGGAGGCAAAGAGUGAACAGCAACAACAACCACAGGGCACUGCUGGACAGAAGGUACCUGAGGGUGCUGAGUCCAAAGUCCAAACAUCGGAUGUCUCUGAUACUAAAGAAGCAGUGGCUGAGACUAAAGACCCUGACAGUGCACCAUCAGAAAAUCCACAAGUGAAGAAAAAGUCCAAGCCAGCAUACUCCAGUUUCUCCUCAUCUCUUAUGGCCCCUACUUUAACAACAUGGGUGAAGACUGUCCGUGAAAGACUUAGUCGGAAAGGCCAGCUUGAUAAAAUCCUGGAUAGCUUUAAGAAAUGUAUGACAGAUGAAGAAAGGGUUGCAUGUUUGUACAAUAUUGAAGAUGUCCAUGAGGUUCUUAAUGUGAAGGAGACCUACAAGGCUAAAGAUGAAGAUGAAGCAAAGGAUCUGAGAAUCCAAGGGAACCUAGCUUUCCAAAAGAAGGACUAUGAUGCUGCUCUCAAGCUGUAUUCUGACUGUAUUAUUAAUGCCCCUUCAAAAGGAAGCACUGAACUAGCCCUUGCAUUGGGCAACAGAUCUGCUGUGUUAUAUCAUUUGCACAACUAUGUCCUUUGUUUGCAAGAUAUCCGACAAGCUUUCAAGCACAGUUAUCCAGACCAUCUGCAGUAUAAGUUGUAUGAACGCAGAGGAAAAGCUUGCUAUGCACUUCGGUUGAAAGAGGAGGCCAUCUGUGCAUUUAACGAUUCUCUUAAUGUUCUGGACAAGACUCAACUAGAUCAAAAGAAAGUUGCCACUUUGAAGUCAGAUUUGAUGAAGCAGUUGGAAAAGUGUAACAAAAUUGUUCCAGGAGGAAAAUUUAAGAAUGUUCGUGAUUACAACCACAACCAUACACAGAUUCCAGAGUUUAAAGAAAGUCGAAGUUCCCACAUCCCAUGUAUGGUAAAUUCACUUGUCAUGAAGUCUACAGAUGGUCAUGGAAGAGGUCUGUAUGCAACCAGAGACAUAGAAGUAGGGGAGGUGUUGAUAAUUGAGAAACCAUUCACAUCUGUCACCCUCAGGGAGUACAACCUGACACAUUGCCAUCACUGCUGCAACAAAGUGUAUUGCCCAUUGCCUUGCGACCAGUGCAGUGGUGUGGUUUUCUGUAGUGAGGAGUGUCUGGACACAGCGAUGAAGUCCUACCACUAUGCAGAGUGCAAAUAUCAUGAUCUUAUCCAGAGAUCUGAGCUUGGUAUGGCACACUUGGCCUUGAGAAUGGUGUUGAAAGUUGGACAGAAGUUCCUACGGGAGUACCAGAAGAAAGCAGAAGAGAAGAUGAGUGAUCCUCUUCUCCUUGGCUGCAAUGAGAAUGGUGUGUAUGAUUCAGAUGAUUAUCAUUCGGUGUAUAAUCUGGUGAACCACACUGAUGACAGGUCAUGUCCAGAUUUGUUCAGAAGGGCUCUUGGUGCUGUGUUCUUGGUGAAAUGUAUUGAGAAGUCUGAAUUCUUCGCUGCUGCAGAAGGUGCUGAAGAUAGUGAUGUUGAUGAGGAGGCGGUUUAUGUUGGUGGACACAUCCUUAGACAUACACAGAUGCUUCCUUGCAAUGCUCAUGAAGUGUCUGAGCUUCUGUACAAAACAUAUAGUGUUGAAAUGUCAGAGCCAGUUGAAAUUGGAUCAGCUAUCUAUUCAACAUUAAGCUUGAUCAACCAUUCUUGUGAUCCGUCAGUUGUCCGACAUUUAUAUGGAAACCAAUGUGUUGUACGGGCAAUACGAAACAUAUCCAAAGGAGAAGAAAUAUUUGACAAUUAUGGGGUCCUGUAUCCAGUCACAAGUAAGCAGAUGCGUCAAGAGAAGCUGGUUGCACAGUAUUACUUCACCUGCAACUGCUAUGCCUGUGUAAGCAACUGGCCAAUGUAUAACAAAAUCAGAAGAGAAGAUCCAGUAUUGAAGUGUAAGAAAUGCAAGAUUGGCAGAGUCCGAAUCCCACCAGACAACCACACAACUCGAGCCAUAUGCUCUGACUGCAGAGAGGUGAUGGACAUCACACCAGACCUGCUCCAUCUGUCAAAGUCGGAGCAGUUCUUCCAAGGCAGCAUGGACAAGGUGCUUAAAGGAGAGGAUAGGGACGCAGCAUUACCGUUCCUUGUUGACCAUCUCAAGCUGAUCGACACCCUCCUGUUUCGACCAUGGAAGGACUACAAUGACUGUCAGGAGGCCAUAAAGCAGUGCUAUGGAAGUAUGGGAAACUGCCAUGUUGUGGAGGAACCGGAUGAGGAUGACGAGGAGCUUAUGAUGGGACAGAGAAGAAACCUCAGACCAACCUAGACUGACUGCAUAGUUAUGUCAUGUUGUUAUUAGGGUAUGUGGGAGGUGUCGUUUGACAUCCUACCUAAUAUCUUGACAAGAUUGAAAAUUUGUUAUGAAUAUAUAAUCUUUGGAGGGUCAUUAACAGAAAAAUUUGAA